UGCUGCUGGCAAGUGCCCAGCUGGUUCUGCAACUCAGUGCGGCAAAGUCAGAGGCAGGUUAAGAGAAGCAGAAAUUAGGAGAGGGAUAGGAAAGAGGCAUGGGAGGAGCGAGGCACUGGAGAAUACUGGGGAUAGAACACCGAAAUGGGCUCUGGGUGUAUUUGUGCACUUACAGAUUAUCCACAUAAACAGCAGAAGCUUCCCAGGGGGGCCUGGUGCCCUUUGGCAGGACUGAGAAGGCAUCCACACUGCCAGGAACAGCCGUGACUCUUCUGCAGGAGAGGAGCGUCGAGGCUCUGAAGAGCCCACGCCAUGCAAUUGAUGGAGGCACUGCCGUUCCUUCUCUCCCAGAGUCAGGGCUGGGGGCCCAAAGAGGCCCCUGACAGAGCUGGGGAGGGAGAGUUAUGAAGGAAGAGAGGGAAGUGACCAGGGCAGCGCUGAGCCCAGCGUAGCUUCCCCAGUAGCCAGCCAGGAACCUCUCUCGCCUGGGUGGGCAUUUGGCACAGCUCCUUUUCUCAGAAAGCCUGCCGGCCCUGGAGGAAGCUACACCUAUGUCUGGGGAAGGAGAGAGAGCCUACAUCCCAGAUGAUUCCGACUUCAACACUUUCCGGGACCAGUGUGAAAGCCAGGAAGGCUGGAGCAGCCGGUAUAACAAGGGAGGAGUGGCAGUGUGGACCCAAAUGCAGGAGGAGAGCAAGACUGUCCAGAAAAUCAAGAUGCGUAUCGUCUGCCGUGAUGUGCCUCCAGAGACGCUCUAUGAUGUUCUACAUGACACCAGUUACCGCAAGAAGUGGGACUCCAACAUGAUUGAGACCCACGACAUUGGGCGCCUGACUGUCAACGCAGAUGUCGGAUAUUACUCCUGGAGGUGCCCAAGUCCUCUGAAGAAUAGGGACUUUGUUACCUUGCGCUCCUGGCUGCCCCUUGGUCAUGACUACAUGAUCAUCAACUACAGUGUCAAACAUCCAAAGUAUCCGCCCCGAAAGGACUGCGUGAGGGCCGUAUCCCUACAGACCGGCUACUUGAUCAAGGCAACGGGCAAGAGCGGCUGCAUUCUUUACUACCUCACCCAAGUAGACCCUCGAGGCUCCUUACCAAAGUGGGUGGUGAAUAAAGCGUCUCAGUACGUGGCACCAAAGGCUAUGAAGACGAUCUAUAAGGCAGGGCUGAAGUACCCAGAGUGGAAACGGAAGCAUGACCCUGGCUUUAAGCCUUGGUUGCACCCAGAACAGAACAUGUUGCCCAGCAUUAGCCUAGAAGAGCUCUCCCUGCAGCAUGCUGACUCCUUGGAGAACAUUGACGAGAGCAGUCUGUCUGAAGCCAAGACGAGCCUCAGUGACGAGGAGGCCUGAGGCCAGGAUCCGGAUGCACAGCCGUCCUGUGGGCUGGAUGAGGCCUUCUUCCACCAUCCAGAGCAGAACAGCUCUCACAGAGCCACCUGCCCACCCAACAGAACACAAAGCCCCCUGCCCGCCAACUCCCCACCUUCCAAGACACACAGACACACCAGGGGCGUUCAGCGCUACUUUUCAAGAAGCGCACAUAUGACCAGUGGCCACAGAUUGUUCUUGUCUCCUUCCCUAUUUGUGAAUCUUGUUGGGAAUCACCACAAUUGUGCAUGGGAUGGUGGUUUCAGGUGGCCAUGACAGGCCUGCAGAAUCUCAGUGCAUGGGAAUGGACCCCACAGGACCAACGAACAUUGUGGAUCUGCCCAGAGCUCGGCAAGGGGUGGAAGGGUGGGGUUCUCUCACUUGCUGCUUUGCAUUCUAGCUUUUUAGAGCAGUUUGGUGGCACUUGGGGGACAGCCCCACUAGCAAUGCCCUGGACCAUUCACCAAAAGUUGACAUUACAUACUGUAGGUGUGGAAUGAGGACCCAGGAUGCUGGAAGGUGUCCUUCACAUUCAUACAUACUGCUAAGCCACAGGUGCCAAUGUGAUUACUUGGGCCUGGUACAUUGUAUGUGGAUUGGGGGCCCUGCAUUCUUCCCUCUGUAAUCUAUUAGCAAGAACUGCUAGUUAUGCACAUAUAUUAAUUUAGCCUGGCCUACCUCACAGUGCUGUUGCAAACAGGAAGGGCGGGAUAGAUGUACAUGACCUUGAACUCUUGGAAGGAAAAGUCACACACAAACACAUCAUGCCAUUCACAGAUUGUGUAAAGAAAAACAAGCCUGUACAAUCUCAGAAAAGCAGCCCUCCCCCCUUGUUUUAAAUGCAACAUUUUAUAAUUCUGUUACCUACUGCAAGAUACCGAAACAAUAAUAAUAAAAAAGUUUGCCAACCUUGACAAAUCGAUAAACAACAACAAGGAGAAAAAUAUUGUAAGUGUGUGCAGUUUCAAACUUUGCUAUCUUAACUAUGAACUCUCAGAUGAGGCUACCUCACAGGAUUGUUGUAAAGAUUAAAAAAAACGGGGAAAAGAAGACAAUUAUACUCCUUGAAAUCCCAGCAGUUAAAGCAUGAUACAAACAAAAGAUAAAAAAGGUAAAGGACCCCUGGACGGUUAAGUCCAGUCAAAGGCGACUAUGGGGUGUGGCGCUCAUCUCGCUUUCAGGCCAAGGGAGCCA